AAAAGGAGCGUCUUCAACGUUGUUUUCAUCUCCUUUUUCCCCUUUGCCCUUAAUGAACUCUCUAUGAUGCUGAGAUUCGAAAGCCUCCUCGUGGUUGACGCUAGGUAUUCACACUAACGCUUCAUGCACAUGUCCUCGUACUAUAUGAUAUACCCAACAACAAGGCAGGUUUCCAUGCCUUGAAAUACGGCGGUUUUCAUCCACCGCCGUAACUCACCGAAACCUUUACUCGUUGAUCACACUUGUCUAUGGCUGCUGUUCCAGAGACCGCACUACCCACUGAGGCAUGCCUCACUGAUGACAAGAAGAGCGAACUCCUUGCCCAAGUGAAGCAGUUAAGCGUAGAUACACUCUCAAUAGAUUCGUCCUUCGACAGUAUCUCACGUUUGUUGAACAACCUGGCCGAGGCGCACAUUCCGAAAGAACUUGUCAAAGACGUUGAACGCCUAACCCACAUCUGGCAUGACUUGCAGACUACUUACUCCACUCUUCUGUGGAAAUCACGAGACGUUGCUGGAGAUGCCAGGGUUGCCGCAACAGAUUUCGCGAAGAUUAUCAUCGACGAAGUUCUUCUCAAUACCAAUAUCCAGAUGACGGAGAUACAAGAGGCAAUCCGAGACUCCAAGCAGAAAGCCGAAAGGGACAAGAUAAAAGCGCGGGACAUGGUCGAUGGCUUCAAGAAUCUGGCCAAGCGCAUUGAGUUCUUCUGCAAAGACUGGGAAGAAACCGUAGAACAUAAUCAUCUGUACCGAUUCUCCCUACGAUACAAAUAUCACGAAGAGGAGAUAAAAGCACUCUCGUCUUCUAUACGGGCGAUGAAAAUCAAGAUUGUCUCGAUGAGUGUUGCAGUUGGCCUCAUCGCGGCCGCUGCUGGUAUACUGGCUCUCAUCUUUGCCAUUGAUGGUAACAGUGAAGCCUUGGGUAUGGCUGGUAUUCUGGCGGUACCAGCAGAGGUAUCCUUCAAAGGUAUCCGCAGCCGAUGCGCAAUCAAGAAAGCGCAAGUGGAAAAGCUCGACAAGUUGAAGGCCGAACGUGACGAGAACCAAACUGGGAUGCAGGACAUCAAGAACAUCGCGACCAAAUUGGGCGCAAUUGUGUCGGUUUGGGGCUGUAUUUCCGCCGAUCUCAGUGAGGUCGAGAAGUUGGUCGCUACUGCUUUGCAGACAGAGGAUAAGGCCUAUUGGCGUGCAGCUUUCGUCAAGCGACUCGAGUUGACUCGAAAUUCGUAUACCCACCUCGCUGAUAUAUUCUACGAGUACCAAAUCGCGGUACACGCAGAAAGUCCCGUAUUCAAGAAGUAGCGGUAUGGGUUGACCCCAAUUGCCUUAGCCGUAUGAUAUUCUGUUAACGCCUGUAUCAUAGUACGUUCCCAAGGCUCUUGUAUUGUAUCCUUAAUGAGCGCUCCCCCAGUUGUAAUGUUCUUCCUGAGUCUACGUCAUUCUCAGUUGUAUGUAUGCUCGCAAAUCAUAAGGCAUGGCCAAUAGAAAUUACGCCGAGUG